AUGGCGUCGUCGCACGGCCGAUCGUCGCUCAUGCGCCUGCUCGUGCUCUGCCUUCUCUUCGGCGCGUCUCUCGCGGCGACGCGGCGCUACCUCUCCGUCAGCAUGGACGAGCUGCUGAGCUCCAAGGCUCACCUCGACUGCUCUCCCUUGAAGAAGUCAGCUCCUUCGGUGCGGCCCGUCCCCGGGGUCCCAUUUCCAUUUCCACCAGCUCCGCGGGCACACCCGUACCCCGGGAUUCCCGUCGCUCCAGCUCCAUUGGUUGUUCCCGGAAUCCCGAUUUCAUCUCCUCCGGCCGUGACGAUCCCGGACAGCUCCGUGGCGUACCUCGGCACGCUGGACUUCGUAGUCACCGUCGGCUUCGGCAUGCCGGCCCGGGCGUACACGGUCGUGUUCGACACCGGCAGCGACGUGUCGUGGAUCCAGUGCCAGCCGUGCUCGGGCCACUGCUACAAGCAGCACGACCCCAUCUUCGACCCGACCAGAUCGUCCACCUACGGCGCCAUUCCCUGCCGCAGCCAGGAGUGCAGGGCCGCCGGCGGGAGCUGCGACGGCAACGGCACCUGCAUCUACGACGUCGAGUACGGCGACGGGUCGUCCACCUCCGGGGUUGAAAGUUAUCGGACGCUGUCCCUCACAUCCUCCAUCGCGCUCCACGGCUUCGUUUUCGGCUGCGGCGAGAAGAACCUCGGGUCGUUUGGCGACGUCGACGGGCUGAUCGGCCUCGGCCUCGGCAAGCUCUCCCUGUCCUCGCAGGCCGCCGCGAAGUUGGGCGCCACCUUUUCGUACUGCCUGCCGUCCCACAACGGCACGCAAGGGUACCUCACCAUCGGCACGACGCCGGUGUCCGACAAUGUCACGUACACGGCCAUGGUGCAGAAGCCGGACUACCCGUCCUUGUACUUCGUCGAGCUCGUCUCCAUCGACAUCGGCGGGUACGUCCUGCCGGUGCCGCCGGCGGUGUUCACGAGCGCGGGCACGCUCCUCGACUCCGGAACCACCCUCACCUACCUCCCGGAGGAGGCGUACGCCGCGCUCCGGGACUGGUUCAAGUUCACCAUGAAGCAGUACGAGCCGGCGCCGCCGCGGGGCGUCCUCGACACCUGCUACGACUUCACGGGGCACGGUGCUGUCUUCAUCCCGGCCGUGUCGUUCAAGUUCAGUGACGGUGCCGUGUUCGACCUCGACUUCUUUGGGAUCCUGAUUUUCGAUCCGGAUGACGCGAUGGUCGGGUGCCUCGCGUUCGCGGCGAGGCCGCAGGCGGUGGCGUUCAACAUCAUCGGCAACACGCAGCAGCGGUCGGCUGAGGUGAUCUACGACGUCGCGGCAGAGAAGAUCGGGUUCGUCCCGGGCAGUUGCUGAGGUGAUUGUCGAUGCUUGUUGGUUGGAGAAUAAGCGAGCAGCGACGCGUGUCGUCGGUUGUUC